GGGAACACAACCAAAUUAGACUCUUUAUAGCAAUCUCUUUCCUUACCGGUUGAGCGGAAAUGUCAUUCUGACGUGGUCCGGUUCUGUAAGCUUUAUCUCCUCACUUCUCUACUUAUAAAUUCUCCUCAUUAUUCUCUCUCACUUCAAAAUCAUCCGCCUUCGCGCAAUAUAGAGAUUCCAACUAGCUUUAUUUUUUUAUACCAAAAUCUUCCAUUAUUUCAGGUGAAAACCAUUAUCAAGAAAAUGGAAGUUAGUGGAGGCUAAAACCUGCUUGGUUUUAUGGCAGUGAUCGGCAUUUGGCAAAUGUGUGGAGGGCAAGCUACAGCAGUCUUACAAAUUAAUUUGAAUAAAGGAACAGGAAUCAACUUUUCUAAGAGCAGAACCUCUGGUAUGGAAUUUGAAUCAGACCGGAGGAAACACAAGAAAUCGUUGGCAUUUACCGCUGAAGUUAUUCGUUCUGCAACAUUUUUUAUGGCUUGGUCUUGUAGAAUCCCUUUAGGUGAUGCAUAUCAUGAAUUUCUUUAGUUGAAGGUCUAAUUAUAAAAUCAUUAAGUCAUCCUUUGAGAGCUAAAGUUUAGUCAAGGGUGAGGAAUCAUCUAGUUAUCAACAAACUUUGAGAGCUAAACUUUGAGAGCUAAAGUUUAGUCAAGGGUGAGGAAUCAUCUAGUUAUCAACAAACCUCUUGAUCUAAGUAGCUGCUCUUACAAAAAUGCCUGGCUUUCUGAGUGAAAGCAAGAGAUUUAAACAACCAACUAUGAGUUUAUUUGAUUCACUCAAACAGGAUACUUUGAUUCACUCAAAAAGUUAUCCUAGUUUGUCUUCUCAACUGCUAGAUGAAGUUGACAGUCACAGCCCCAUUCUACCUGGGCUGCCUGAUGAUGUGGCAAAACAUUGCCUUGCUCUCGUACCUCGUGCCAACUUCCCAACGAUGGGUGGUGUGUGUAAGAAAUGGAGGUCAUUUAUUCAAAGCAAAGAGUUUAUCACUGUGAGGCAAUUAGCUGGAGUACUUGAGGAGUGGCUCUAUAUCUUAACUGUGGAUGCUGAAGGAAAGGAGAGCCACUGGGAGGUGUUGGAUUGCGUGGGGAACAAAAACCGUAUUCUUCCUGCCAUGCCUGGUUUAGCUAAAUCUGGGUUUGGGGUAGUUGUUCUAAAUGGAAAACUUCUUGUCGUGGCGGGCUAUUCAGUGAUCAAUGGAGUGGUCUUUGCAUCACCAGAUGUUUAUCAAUAUGAUUCUUGUCUCAACAGCUGGAGCAAAUUAGCAGACAUGAAUGUUGCUCGAUAUGACUUUGCUUCUGCUGAAGUUAAUGGAAAAGUUUAUGCAGUUGGAGGCUACGGAAUUGAUGGCAACAGUCUAUCUAGUGCUGAGGUGUACGACCCUGAAACCAAUUCAUGGAGCAUCAUAGAGUCUCUUCGUCGUCCGAGGUGGGGUUGCUUUGCUUGUGGAUUUGAGGGGAAGCUCUAUGUCAUGGGGGGAAGGUCAAGCUUCACCAUUGGAAAUUCAAAGUUUGUGGAUGUCUACAAUCCCGAGAAGCAAAGUUGGUGUGAGAUGAAGAAGAAUGGCUGUGUCAUGGUCACUGCUCAUGCUGUGGUGGGGAAGAAUCUCUUCUGUAUGGAGUGGAAGAACCAGCGGAAACUUGCUAUUUUCAAUUCGGUUGACAAUUCAUGGAAGAUGGUACCUGUUCCAUUGACAGGGAGUGCUAGUAUUGGUUUUCGAUUUGGAAUAUUGGAUGGGAAACUUCUACUGUUCUCACUGGAGAAAGAACCCAAUUAUCAAACUCUGCUGUAUGAUCCUAAUGGCGCCCCCGGAUCGGAAUGGCAGACUUCUGAGAUCAAGCCUUCUGGUUCAUGCUUGUACUGUGUUACCAUCAAGGCCUGAAAGUUUAAUUACCCUUUCUUUAUGAGCCUAGUCUUCUAUUUGCUGAACUUCUUUUAUUGACUGGAUUAAUAUUUUAAGCUGUUAACUCUUUGUUGUACUGUGAUAUUAAAGACAUAUCAUGGAUGAUCCGAUCUAUGAACUUGAAACAUUAUUUUAUGGAUGGCAAUUUGCAAUA